CUCUCUGUCUUCUCCCUCCCAUUCUGCUCUCGCCGGCGGAGAUAUUCAUCAGUCUCUCUCUCUCUCUCUCUCUAUCUUGAUCAGUCGCGUUUGUACGUUUAGAGAGAGAAAAUGGCGUUCGAGAAGAUCAAGGUCGCCAACCCCAUCGUUGAGAUGGAUGGAGAUGAGAUGACUCGAGUUUUCUGGAAAUCGAUAAAGGAUAAGCUUAUUUUCCCCUUUGUGGAGUUGGAUAUAAAAUACUUUGACCUUGGUCUUCCUCACCGUGAUGCCACUGAUGAUAAAGUUACUGUUGAAAGUGCAGAAGCAACUCUUAAGUACAAUGUAGCAAUCAAGUGUGCAACCAUUACUCCAGAUGAAGCUCGUAUGAAGGAGUUUACUUUGAAGCAGAUGUGGAAGAGUCCUAAUGGGACCAUUAGGAACAUUCUGAAUGGCACAGUCUUCAGAGAACCAAUUAUUUGCAAAAAUGUCCCUCGGCUCAUCCCAGGGUGGACAAAGCCUAUAUGCAUUGGAAGGCAUGCAUUUGGAGAUCAAUACAAAGCAACUGAUGCAGUCAUCAAAGGACCUGGAAAACUCAAGUUGGUGUUUGUACCAGAAGGAAAAGAUGAAAAGAUGGAGUUGGAGGUUUACAACUUUACUGGUGCUGGGGGUGUAGCUUUGUCUAUGUACAACACUGAUGAGUCCAUUCAAGCUUUUGCUGAGGCUUCAAUGAACACUGCUUACCAGAAAAAGUGGCCUCUUUAUCUUAGCACAAAGAAUACUAUUCUUAAGAAAUAUGACGGAAGAUUCAAGGACAUAUUUCAAGAAGUGUAUGAAGCCAACUGGAAAUCAAAGUAUGAGACUGCUGGGAUAUGGUAUGAACACCGUCUCAUUGAUGAUAUGGUUGCUUAUGCCCUUAAGAGCGAAGGAGGUUAUGUAUGGGCAUGCAAAAACUAUGAUGGAGAUGUGCAGAGUGAUUUCUUAGCACAAGGGUUUGGAUCUCUUGGUUUGAUGACCUCUGUACUGGUAUGCCCUGACGGAAAGACUAUAGAAGCUGAAGCUGCCCAUGGCACUGUUACUCGCCAUUACAGGGUUCACCAGAAAGGUGGUGAAACCAGCACAAACAGCAUAGCCUCAAUCUUUGCAUGGUCUCGAGGGCUUGCACACAGAGCAAAGUUGGAUGACAAUCCUAGACUCCUGGACUACACUGAGAAACUUGAAGCAGCUUGUAUUGGAACUGUGGAGUCUGGGAAGAUGACCAAGGAUCUUGCACUAUUAAUCCAUGGAACUAAGCUUACCAGAGACAAAUAUCUGAAUACUGAAGAGUUCAUCGAUGCUGUGGCAGAUGAGCUGAGAGCUAGACUUUCUUGUUAAGCAUAAUUGUCCAGAUAGGCAAUUGAAAGACUGAUAGGCAUUUUCCAGUGUUUCGGAUUCCACCAAGAAGAAUAAAUGAGUGCAAGAGAAGAUUUGGCUAGCUUCUUUUCUUUUCUUUCUUUUUUUGUUUUUUUCUUUUGAGGUGGGGCAGCUGGGAACUUGUGGUUUCUAAUUGCUAUUAAGCAAAGUUAUUCAAGAUAAUCUUAAUUUGAUUUGCUACUUUGUUUUGCAUUUCUCAUCUUGAAAUCGAAAUUUAGUUAUUUUGGCCUAUAAUAUAUGUUUCAUGAUUUGCUGGAAUUGAAAAACUCGAGACAUGAUCGAAAUCCUCAAGGUACUACCAAUGUUGUCAAUACAGUUUUAGUCUGUUUUUCCUAUUGGGACCGAAAUUUAAUAAAGUAAAAUAUUUGUUUGGGGAUA